AUGUCCAGACCACUUAUAACCAUGGCUAGAGCAGUAAUCAAGACACCGCCAAUACUAAAGGCAACCACAGCCACGCGUUUUAUAUCAUCAUCACAGCAGUUGUUUAGACCGGCAUUAGCGGCAGAAACGACAGAAUACCUUGCAACUGGAGGGUCUACACAAUCGGCAUGGCCAAAGAAUUUCAGACAGGCCAAACCUAAAAACUGGGAUGAAAGUGGAGAAUCUGCAUUGAGUAAAGCAACCAAAUACUUUUUCUUGAGUGAGAUUGCUCGUGGUAUGUACAUUUGCUUAGAGAUGUACUUUAGAGCGCCAUAUACCAUAUACUAUCCUUUUGAAAAAGGUCCAAUUUCACCAAGAUUCAGAGGCGAGCAUGCUUUGAGAAGGUACCCGCUGGGUGAAGAAAGAUGCAUUGCAUGUAAAUUGUGUGAAGCUAUUUGUCCCGCACAGGCAAUUACAAUUGAGGCCGAGGAAAGAGCAGAUGGAUCAAGAAGAACGUAUAAAUAUGAUAUUGAUAUGACCAAAUGUAUUUAUUGUGGAUACUGUCAAGAAUCGUGUCCCGUUGAUGCUAUUGUUGAGAGUCCAAACGUUGAAUAUUCUACUGCGACAAGAGAAGAAUUGUUGUACAAUAAAGAGAAAUUAUUGGAUAAUGGAGAUAAAUGGGAACAGGAGUUGCAAUACUGUAUAGACGCUGAUGCUCCUUAUCGUUAA